AUGCGACGUCGACCGCCGACCGCAACCGCCGCGUCGCGCUCACGUUCUCGCUGCAGGGUGUCGGCUUUCUCAUUGCCGGCAUCAUGGGUCUCAUCAUGGUCAACGUGCUCGACGACACGCCGCAGCAUCUCGAGAUCAUGUGGCGCGUGCUCUUUGGCAUCGGUGUCCUUCCGGCCCUCUUCCUUGUCUACUACCGUAUCACGGCCGAAGAGACGCACGUGUACAAGACGAUGCUCGCGGAAGAAGUGCACAUGACGAAGAACCUCUUUUCGGCCUCGAUUCUGUCGGUGAUUGGCGCCAACUCGACGCUCAAGACGAUCGCGCUCCAGAACGUUUUGAUCUCGCUCGUGGCGCUUCCGGGUUACUACGUCGCGUGCUUCUUCAUCAACAAGAUGGGCCGCAAGCUCAUCCAGCUCAACGGUCUCACGUGGAUGACCAUCAUCUUCCUCGUGCUGGCCAUCUGGUGGGACUCGAUCAAGGGCCAGAGCGCGCUCUUCAUCAUCCUCUUUGGCCUGACGCUCUUCUUCUCCAACUUUGGCCCCAACAUGUCGACGUUCGUCAUGCCCACGGAGAUGUACCCGACGGCCAUCAAGAGCUCGUGCCACGGCUUCUCGGCCGCCAUGGGCAAGGCCGGCGCGGCCAUCGGCUCGUACGGCUUUGCGCACUGGGUGAACAACCCGAGCUUUGGCUACAUCGGCACGUGGUACACGUUUUCGGGCAUUUGCUUGUUGACGCUCAUCCUCACGUGGUUCUGCAUGUUUGACAACAACGACGGCGACAUGUCCAACAUUGACAACGAGUUCAAGGCCAAGCUCGCGCUCGAGAACGACGAGACGCGCAAGUCGUUCAUUGCCGGCGAGGACGAGCACGAGUUUGACAAGGACUCGGCGUACGUCAAGGCCUAA